UCUCAGCCGCUCAUCAAUGGCUGCCUUAGCAUUCACUCACCAAAAUCUUCUUCAGUUUACUCCGAAACUCACGCCUUCAAAACCCAAACUCAAACCCAAAAGAAACAAAACCAAACUCUCAAUCCAAACAAUUACAACUUCCCCACAAGCUUCUUUUACUGACCAAUAUGUUCUCCAAUUAGCUGACUCAUUGGAAGACUCUCUCCCUUCUUCCUCUUCUUUGCCGCUUCAAAAGCUUAGAGACAAUUCCUCGGAAACCCUCCUUUCAACCCAAUGGCCAUCUCGAAAAGACGAGUCUUUUCGCUUCACAGACACUUCUUUUAUCAAGAAUUCUGAUAUAAAGCCAAUUUGUCGCCCACCAGAAUCCCUAGCUUUUUUGGAUGUUUCGAGCGAUACCCAGUUUAAACGUUUUGAUUUUGUUGAUGGGUUUCUUGUGGAUUCUUCAUUUGUUUCAUCAAAUUUUCCUGAUGGGGUUUAUGUAGGUAGCUUGUUAAAGUUAUCUUCAGAGGGAAUUCUUAAAAGGGUAUGUGAAUUUUUAGGUGAUUUUGAAUGGGGUGAUUUGUUUUGGUCUGUCAAUGGAUUGGGGGCACCUGAUGUGACGGUUGUUUAUGUACCUGAAGGGUGUAGAGUUGAGAAUCCUAUUUAUUUGAAGUACAUUUCAGUUGAGGGAGGUGAUGAGGGGUCUAAAAGGAUGCCGGUUUCGAAUCCGAGAGUGUUUGUGUUGGUUGAGAGAGGAGGGGAGGUUGGGAUAGUUGAGGAAUUUGUUGGUAAAGAAGGGAGUGAAUGUUAUUGGACUAAUUCAGUUUUGGAGGUGGUGGUUGGAGAAGGAGGAAAAGUUAGGCAUUCUUAUGUGCAGAGACAGUCUUUGAGUGCUGCUCAUAUCAAGUGGACUUCCGUCCGGCAGGAAUCAACUAGUACCUAUGAGCUUGUGGAGAUAAGCACUGGUGGAAAAUUGAGCAGGCAUAAUGUCCAUGUUCAACAAAUGGGCUCCGAUACAGUAACUGAGUUAACAACAUUUCAUUUGUCUGUUGGUGAUCAAACCCAAGAUCUACAUAGUAGAAUAAUUUUGGACCAUCCGAGAGGCUAUUCUCAACAACUUCACAAAUGUAUCGUGGCUCACUCUUCAGGGCAAGCUGUUUUUGAUGGGAAUGUAAAGGUCAACAGAUAUGCACAACAGACCGAUGCAGGGCAACUAACAAGGAGCCUCCUUCUUGAGCCUCGCGCGACUGUAAAUGUCAAACCCAAUCUUCAAAUUAUUGCGGAUGAUGUCAAGUGCUCUCAUGGAGCUGCAAUAAGUGACCUCGAAGACAGCCAACUGUUCUACUUUCAAGCACGUGGGAUUGACUUGGAGACCGCUAGAAAGGCUCUUGUCUUUUCUUUUGGGGCUGAGGUUAUCGACAGGCUGCCUUAUGCUUUUGUCCAAAAGCAAGCAAAAGAUCAUGUUAAAGAACUGCUCGAAUCCACAGGGAAAGGAUCUUCAUAAGGAACGAUAAUUGAUGGUGUAUGUAUCCAAAUUAUGAUAAUUAUGCAUUUGUUGUCAUUGUCUAUCUUCAAAAUAAUCAUCACUGAAAUUCAAACAAAUUUUGUUCUUGUUUGGAAAUGAGUGGAUUUUGGGGCACACCUUAUGGUUACACUGCUCCAGAGAGGAAAGUAGCCCGUACUAUCAAAUAAAAC